AUGGACUCGCUCGGCGGGACACCGCUCCACUGCGCCGUCCGAUACAAACAUGUCGCAUGCGCCGAGGUCCUGCUCGAGGCCGGCGAGGCCGACUUUAACGCCGCUGAUCGGGUCGGCUCGACUGUGGUCCAUCUCGCUGCGCGGUACUACGAUCCGGAGACGCUCAAUCUGCUGCUGGACUACGGUGAGGAGCUCGAGUUGGACGCAACAGACAAGACUGGGGCCACCGCUCUGGUAUGGGCGCUGCGGAGCGGGUCGCGGGCGGCGGCCGAGGAGCUCAUUGCCGCUGGCGCCGACGUCAACCUCGCCGACUCGGACGACAAGUCCCCGUUGCAUCUGGCGGCGGUCCUUGGCGCAAGCUCGGUCUGCUCGGCGCUGCUCGAUGCCGGCGCGCAGGUCGACAACGCCGAUGCCAAGGGCGCUACGCCGCUGUACUGGGCCGCGCGGCGUGGGCAUCUCAACAUUGUCGACAUGCUGGUCAACGCCGGAGCCUCGCUUAACGAGCCCGACGAGGCCGGAUGGACGCCGCUCCAUUGGUCGGCCCGCUUUGGCCACACCCCGGUCGCGCAUCGGCUCAUCGACGCCGGCGCGGACAAGACUGCCGUGACCACCGGCGGCAAGACCAUCGAGGACUGCGUCCCGCGGCAGAACACCCGCAUGCUCUCGCUCAUCACCGGCCGCUCCUUCUCCCGCUCCGCAUACAUGGCCCCGCUCUCCAAGCCUGACGACCACGCCCACGAUCGUGGCGUUGACGAGCUCGACUACUCUGGCUACGACGCGUACGAGUACUCGGACGGCGCCGGCCAGGCCCGGCGAAGCCGCGGCCGCGGACCGGCGGCAGGCGGGAGCAAAUCGUUUGUCACACAGGACCCGCCCUACGGCGACUACGCCUACGGCGACUAUUCGUACUCGCAGUAG